AUGGAUUCCACCUCCUCGCCAUCUCCUCGCACUCCCCUCUCCAUUUUCCCGGCUCCAACUUCUCAGACCUCGACGACAGGCACGACGUCGAGCGUUUCGCAUGUGGUCUACAGUUUAUCCAGCCCCCUGACUCGCCGCAAUGACGCUCUCCUCGUAAAGUCCGAGCCGUCGGUUCGACUUCCCAGCUAUGACAGCAUUGUCAGCGGGGCAUCAGCCCAUCAGGUUGAUGGAAGCGAGAGUGGAACUUCUUUUGAGAGCAUGCAACCUCAUUUUGAGCCGGCGAGAAACAGCAUUGCCUCAGGUAUGCUGUUUACUCUCUUUGAAUUUUGGUCAUAUGUUGCCUAG